GUCAAGCUUUCUGCAACCGGUUCGAAACAAUGGGACGAAAGAAGAAGAAGGCGUCGAAGCCCUGGUGCUGGUACUGCAAUCGGGAGUUUGACGACGAAAAAAUCCUGGUCCAGCAUCAGAAGGCGAAACACUUCAAAUGCCACAUUUGCCACAAAAAGCUGUAUACGGGACCCGGUCUCUCCAUACACUGUAUGCAGGUGCAUAAGGAAUCGAUCGACAAAGUGCCCAACUCCCUGCCGAAUCGGUCAAACAUAGUGAUUGAAAUCUACGGCAUGGAAGGUAUACCGUCGGAGGAUAUCCGAGAGCACGAGAAGCAGAAGAAUGGUAAUCGGUCGGAAUCGGAAGAGGAAGAACCGGCACACAAGAAGGUGAAACAGCAGGAUGCAUCGCUAGCGCAGGGUAUGAUCAUGCAAAAUAUGAUGCCUCCACACCUGCAGGCAGCCUACGGCAUGAAUCCGAUGAUGGGCGCAAUGGGUGGCAUGAACCCGUAUAUGGUACCACCUGGCAUGCAGAUGAUGCCAGCAAUGAUGGCCGCUGGCAACAGACCACUGUUUCCGUCGGCUGCGGUUAGCACCGCCACGGUUCCAACCUCCUCGAAACCGACGUUCCCUGCGUACAGCUCUGCCACGAUCAGUGCGCCUCCGACUACUAACAGUGCUAUUUCAGCGGCCGCUGCUGCUAACAGUAGUAAUGCGAAUAAUGGACUCGCCGGGGACUCGGGCAAGGCGGCUUCAUCUGUGAUAUCUCACGCGGGCUCGGGAACGUCGAAAAUCGUACACCCUCCAGAGGAUGUCAGCCUGGAAGAGAUCCGUGCUCGAAAGCCGCAGUAUCAGAGUCAAGUUCAGAAAGCCAUUCAACAGUUGUUGCAGCAGAAGCAGCAGGAAAAGCAGCAGGCACAAGUAGCAGCGGCCGUAGCCGCAGCUCAGCAGCAGCUUCAGGCCGCCCAGGCUAUAAAACACCAACAAGCACAGCAGCAACAUCAGCACAUGGUUCAGUUUUCGUCAGCCGCAGCGACCGCCGCAAUUGUUUCGCAAACGCAAACAACGGCCACAAUGAAGGAUAGCCGCAUGAUGUCACCGCAUGAACAAGCAGCCGUGAUUGCGCAUGCCGCACAGGCUGCCGCGGCGAAUCACCAUAAGCAAAUCGAGGAGUUGAAUCGUGCAGCAAUGAUUCAACGGUUUCAAGCAGCGAAUGCUGCCGCGGCCAAUGCCGCAGCUGCAGCAAAUGUCAGACCCGGAGUGCAACUUGGAAUGGUCCCGGUAUCUCUUGGAGGUCCCGUUCCGUUAAUGUCUCCCAUGAUGCGUCAGGGAUUAGCUCUUGCACCGCCGGGAACUGCUGCGCUAUUAGGAGGAAACAUGUUACGUCCUGGUCCUCCUCAAAUGGGUAUUGGUCCAGGUGGCUUAAUUACGCAAAUCCCAACCGUACCAGGAAUGGGCGUAGUAUUCCCUGGAGCCCCGAUGCUACCGAUGAUGCCGCCACGGUACCGGUGAUCGCUUCAGCCAUCGCUAGUACCGCACAUUGCUAUAACAUCGCAGCGUCCUCGCUUAGCGGCUGCAUCAUCGUCCC